GCGCCCUCCGCCGCCCGGAUCCCUCGCCGCCGGCCGCUCCUCCCCGCGGCCGCCCUCUCCCCUCGCCUCGGAUCGCUGCAGGCCGGAAACUGCGGGCGCCUGAUGCCGUGAUUGACGCACACAUGCCGCGCAGGUAAUGACGAGCUUGCCUGAGAGGGGUGCAGCACCGCCAUCCGACCCGUCCUCGCUUGAGGGAGCCGCCGCCGUAGCCUCUUCGUCUUCAUCUACUUCCUCCGCCCCGGACGAGCAAAGGAAGAACGGCAGCCCGAAGCAGUGCAAGGCCUCGAUCCUCUCGAGCGUUCUCACCAUCUUCGAGCCGGACCAGGACCACUCCAGCAGGUCAGGAGGCCACGCCUCCGGGUCCUAUGCUUGGUCGAGGGUUCUGAGGCGGUUUGUGGGUGGCGGCUCCAUGUGGCGUUUCCUGGGAUGCGGCAAGGCUCUGACCGCCGGCGACGUCUGGUUCCUUGGAAAAUGCUACAAGCUGUCGUCCGAGGAGUCGUCCAGCGACUCGGAUUCUGAGGGCGGGCAUGUUGCGUUCUUGGAGGACUUCUCAUCGAGGAUAUGGAUCACCUACCGGAAAGGUUUUGAUGCCAUAUCUGAUUCAAAGCUCACAAGUGAUGUCAACUGGGGCUGCAUGGUUAGAAGCAGUCAGAUGCUGGUUGCACAGGCACUGAUUUUUCACCAUCUUGGAAGAUCUUGGAGAAAGCCCGCACAGAAUCCAUCUAACCCAGAACAUAUAAGGAUCUUACACCUGUUUGGUGAUUCUGAAGUCUGCGCUUUCUCCAUUCACAAUUUACUUCAAGCUGGAAAGAGUUAUGGUCUGGCUGCUGGAUCAUGGGUUGGUCCAUAUGCUAUGUGUCGGGCAUGGCAAACCCUUAUCCGCACAAAUAGAGAGCAACCUGAAGUUAUAAAUACGAAUGAAAGUUUUCCUAUGGCGCUCUAUGUGGUUUCGGGUGAUGAAGAUGGUGAAAGAGGUGGAGCUCCAGUUGUUUGCAUUGAUGUUGCUGCUCAGCUUUGCUAUGAUUUCAAUAAAGGUCAAUCAGCAUGGUCGCCUAUUCUUUUGUUGGUUCCUCUGGUUCUUGGUCUCGAUAAAAUUAAUCCAAGGUACAUUCCACUACUAAAGGAGACAUUCACAUUUCCUCAAAGCUUGGGCAUUUUAGGUGGAAAACCUGGAGCAUCGACUUACAUUGCUGGGGUGCAGGAUGACAGGGCACUCUACCUAGACCCUCAUGAUGUUCAGCUGGCGGUUAAUAUAGCAUCUGAUAACUUGGAGGCGGACACUUCCUCGUACCACUGCAGCACUGUCCGAGAUAUGCCUCUAGACCUGAUAGAUCCAUCCCUGGCUAUUGGUUUUUACUGUCGCGACAAAGAUGACUUUGACAAUUUCUGUUGUCGGGCCUCGGAGCUGGCAGAGCAGGCGAACGGAGCGCCCCUCUUCACCGUGGUGCAGUCAGUUCAACCGUCGAAACAGAUGUACAACCAGGACGGUGAACCCGGCUGUUCAGGCUACGGCAUCUCUGACAACAUUGACGUGGAAGACCUCGAUGGCUCUGGUGAAACAGGAGAAGACGAGUGGCAAAUCCUCUAGAUGAAAGGGAAGUUUAACUUUGUGUUCGGUGAAACCUUCACAUGACCACUCAUUGGGUUAAUGUCCCCCUGUGUGAAGUAAAGACUUCAAACCUCGUGUGAAAUCUAGGGUUUCCAGUUCUGCGGCUUGUUCUGCGGGGCUGGGAGACCAGAAAAGGUAGGAGCCGUUACGCUGAUCAUCGGCACAAGUUGGUUCGAUGGGAAAUUCCUCUGUACCAUACCAUACGCACUGUUGUGGCCUUGUGGGUGACUGCAAAAAUGUAUCUAUUGGUGAUUGGUUUACGCUAGGGCAAAUUGGUAGGUUGGUUAUAAAUGGUUCCUUCGUUGCCA